GAAAGCAUUUCUUAACGUCUACUGUAGGCCUACAAAAGAGCGCAGAGUGCAAGGUCAGCUUCGCCGUGGACAGCAUCUGACCAACAGCUCUACUCAUCGGCGGGAAGGGCACCAGUAUGUCAUCGAAAACGUCAGGCUCGGUUCCUGCGCCCCUGCGCGUCGCGCUUCCUUCAUCAACUCCAGCCAUAUCCACUCCGUCUGAAUCCUCCACUAGAGCGCCUUCACCUGUCUCCCAUCUCUCUGUUUCUACGAAACAUGGGGAACCGGAGGAGCUGAAGAUUGUUGAAGUCAAAGGCCUCGAAGAAGGUCACUACUGGGAUGGCCACCAAGACGAUGAAAUCCCAGACAAGACGCACGGACGCAUUUUCCGCAACCUACGUUAUCAGAUCUUUACGCUCUAUCGCCGUCUCUUCAGUAUUGUGAUCAUUACGAACAUGAUUAUUUUCAUCGUCUCGAUGGCCAACGGGGGACUUGUUGCAGGCCAAAUUGGCCAACUGGUCCACGGCAACUUACUUGUGGCGAUUGUGAUGCGUCAGGACCAUGUAAUCAAUGCGUUCUUCCUCAUCUUCUGUGCUGUCCCUCUCUCCUGGCCUCUCUUCUUCCGACGGGUUGCUGCCCAGGUGUUCCAUAUUGGCGGACGUAAGUGCACUCCGGCGGCGCAAUCUCAUCUACGGCCUGGUUCAUUUAUCUCACGGUUCAACUCACAAUCGAUUUCUGCAAUGAUCAUGUUCGUUCUCAUGAAUGUCGAUGGAAGGUUCACAAUAUUGACAUCUCAUCCAGAUCUCUGUGGCGACACUAACACUCACCUAUAUUAUUAUCGUUUGUCUUCUCACGAUCAUUGUAUUCGCCCUCCCUGGGGUGCGCGUUAUUAUGCACGAUUCAUUCGAAAGGACCCACCGCUUCGCGGGUUGGUUCGUAACCGCGCUUGUAUGGGCACAUACGGUCCUAUUUCUUAACGACCUCAAGCCUGCCGGGACAUCAUUGACUCACGCCAUGGUUAACUCCCCGUCGUUCUGGAUGGUCGUGGCCCUCACAAUCUCU